CUCUAGACAUAGAUGUCAAAUUUCACAAUGUUAGAAUGGAUAAAUAAAUAAAUAACAAAUAAUAUUCAAUUGUAAUAUCCACUGUUUUUAAGUGAAAGGGGUACUUAGUAAAUCACAGUACGUAAGAAAUCAAUACAAUAAAUGUGUUGUAAUUUAAAAAAUCUUUGUGUUUUGAGAAAUAUGAGUGCAACGGCAAACAAAAACUAAAGAAGUUCAAAUUAUACUGGUUGAUAGGCUGAAGUAACCGGUAGAGUGCGGUACUGAAGCAGUUCCUACAAGACCGUGGUCGAACCACCACAUCACUAAUUAGUGGAGUUUAAUUAUUUCAUAUUGAAACGCGUUCCUGCUUCAAAGUGCAAAUUGUAUUGUGAAGAAUAAUCCGGAUAGUAUAUGCCUCUACAAUGGACGAACGUUUGAUAAAAACUUAUGAUUAUGGAUAUUCUAUACAUCAUAGACGCCAUACUACAGCCGGUACAGAAUCCUCGUAUGAACUUCGGGAUACGACCGGAAAUCUAUUGUCAACCAAUACGAGUCACGCGGAGCCAACUCCUGAACUGACUACGUAUGGAAACAUCAAACUGGGAUGGAUACAGGGCGUACUAAUACCAUGUCUGCUAAACAUCUGGGGCGUGAUGCUGUUCCUCCGCAUCGCGUGGGUGGUGGGGCAGGCGGGCAUCGCCCUCUCCUGCCUCAUCGUCUUCACGGCUGGCGUGGUCUGCGUCAUCACCACGCUCUCCUUGAGCGCUAUCUGCACUAAUGGGGAACUACAGGGAGGUGGUGUAUAUUUCUUGGUAUCAAGAUCUUUAGGAGCAGAACUUGGUGCUUCCGUAGGAAUCAUAUUCGCAUUCGCUAACGCCGUGGCUGCGAGUAUGAACACUAUUGGCUUCUGCGACUCUCUAAAUGAAUUGCUAAAGUCCCAUAGCGUUAAAAUAAUAGACAAUGGUCCCAACGACACGCGAAUAGUUGGCGCCGCGGCUUUGUUCGUUAUGUGCGUCAUAUGUGCUAUUGGCAUGGAUUGGGAAACAAAAACACAAAACCUGUUAAUAGUGGUCAUAGUUACAGCAAUAACAAACUUUCUACUGGGCGUUGCUAUAGGACCACGCUCUGAUGCAGCGAGAUCGCAAGGCUUUGUGGGUAUCAGUGUGGAACAGGGCAAAGAAAACUGGAUGCCAGAUUUUCGCUUCAGCGAGGGUAAACAUCAUGAUAUAUUCACCGUGUUCGCUAUUUACUUCCCCGCCGUCACUGGCGUGCAAGCAGGCGCUAACAUCUGUGGAGAUCUUAGAGAUCCAGCGACUGCUAUUCCAAAAGGAACGUUGCUGGCUAUUGCUAUAUCUCUGACGUCAUACUUGGCAAUGGUGAUACUCUCCGGAACGAGUGCGCUGAGGGACGCGUCCGGUAAUACUACUGACCUCGUUAAUGGCAUGUUAGUAAACUGCAAGCCUUCAUGUCGCUACGGUCUUCAUAACAGUUACGAGAUAAUGCACUUGAUGGCUCUUUGGGCUCCCUUGAUUUACGCUGGGUGCUGGGCGGCGACGCUAUCUACAGCGCUCACCAAUUUACUGUCAGUACCGCGACUGAUCCAAGCACUGGGCUUCGACAGAAUAUACCCUGGUCUGAUCUUCUUCUCCAAACGCUAUGGCCCUCACGGUGAACCUUACCGAGGAUAUGUGCUCACUUUUUUCGUGUCACUGUGUUUUCUGCUCAUUGCGGACCUAAAUACAAUAGCACCGUUGAUCACGAAUUUUUACCUCGCCUCGUAUGCACUCAUAAACUUCUGCACGUUCCAUGCAGCAUUCUUCAAACCCAUCAGCUGGAGACCACGAUUCAGGUUCUACAACACAUGGGUGUCGUUGGCGGGCUUCAUAUUAUGCCUCAUUAUAAUGAUGGUCAUCAGCUGGGUUAUGGCGCUGAUCACUACUUUUAUUUUCCUCACACUCUAUCUACUAGUACUCUACGGGAAGCCAGAAACCAGCUGGGGCAGUAGCACGGAUGCGCAGCGGUAUCAAGAGACAAUAACUUCGAUGGUAAACAUCUACCAUCGCGCUGAGUACGUCAACACAUUCAACCCUCAACUGCUGGUGAUGAGCGGAAAGUUCCAUGUGAGGCCUUGGCUUCUAGAUUUGGGCGGACUUAUAACGAAAAUCGGCUCGUUCAUGAUAAUGGCAGAAAUUGAACCUAAAGAACUGACUCAGGCGGAGCGUGCUCAUCGGAAGCAAGCGGGGGAACAGUGGUUGAAAACAAACAAACUGCGCGGUUUCCACACGGUUAUACAAGGCUUUACAUACGUACAGGCCUUGCAAGCCCUGAUCCAGUGUUCGGGACUCGGUCGCAUGUCGCCCAACAUAGUACUCUUGGGAUUCAAGUACAACUGGGACCUUUGUCCUCAUCCCGACCUUCUCAGCUACUAUCAAAUGAUUCGGAUGCCCUUCCAAUACGAGAUGGCUCUGACGAUCUUACACGUCCCGCCCAAUAUGCGACCUUCCAAAACUCAACGAAGGAUCAUUACGGACGAGACCGCAAUGGCCGCUAGCGAAGACGAUAUGCCGCAUUCGCUCCGUGAGAGACCGCUGGCCAUCAUGAGCUCCUGUUCUGACAUCGAGAUGGACAGUGGCACGCCACUCUCACCUGAUGAUGACGAUAUCAUAUCUCGCCGGAUGUUACACGGCAGACGCGAAUCAGAUCAGCCUGCGGACCAUGACCAUGACCGUUCACGUUUACACCAGCCAAUGGGAGCAUCCACACGAAGACUGGCAGCCUACAAACGUUUAAGAUUCAACAAUGAAUCUAUCAUGGAUGCAUGGUGGCUGUACGAUGAUGGAGGCCUGAACAUUCUGUUGCCGUACAUAAUAGCUCGGAGAGGUGUUAAAGAAAAAAUGAUAUUACGAAUAUUCGCGCUGCCGCGGGGAAGAACUCCCAUAAAGCAGGCGGAGAUACAUAUGGCAGCCAUUCUGAAGAGAUACCGCAUAGAUUACUCCCAGUUGACGAUGGUAACGGGAUUAUCGGACCAGCCAGCUGAGUCGACGUGGUCUUACUUUAAUAGUAUAAUAAAGAACCACAAGUCGCCUGUCAAUGAUGAAAUCUUGGUCUCUGAUGAAGAGUCUGUGAAAUAUCAUUUGAAGACAAGCAGACAUUUGAGAAUACGAGAGCUGCUGAUGGAAAACUCAUAUGGUGCAGACUUUAUCGUCAUGACACUGCCCUUACCUCGACAGGGUAUAUCGGCAGCCCUGUACAUGGCGUGGCUGGAAGUCAUGAGCCACGACAUGCCACCAAUUCUAUUUGUGCGAGGCAACUCCACAAUGGUCAUCGAGUAACACUACAGUUUAAUAAUUAUUUAUCAUAAAAAUUACGCAAUAUUCCUGUGAUACAUAAUGUCCGUCUUUAAAGUCCCUAUUAUGUCCAGUCCAGUGGUAUAGGAAACGUUAAACGAUAAGGAAACAAUAAAACCAUCGUAUAAAUAUA